UGCUAUCCAGCAAGAAACUCAGGGCAUCGGUAUGAGCAAGGUGUGUCGGAGCCCGACGAGUCGCAGCCUGCGCUUCGGCGAGCCUCCCUGUUUACUGCGCACCCUGUUUGGUUUGUAUUUUGCAAGCUCACUGGCUGGCCAUAGCCAGCCAUCUGUUGCGAGUCUCCAGGUUGGAAGGGCUGCAAUGGGGUCCCGGGUGGUAGGACCUGAGACCUCCGCUGCUCUUAUUCGUGAAAUUCAGACCUGGACGUCAGCAUAGUCAAUAAGAGCUUCGUGCUUAAACACAUACAGUCACAGCCUUGCCCGCGUUCUUUGCUUGUUCGGACCGUCGAGUGAAGUUUAAGAUGCUCUCGGGCCACGGCCCGCAGACCCAAUGGGUGCCUGUGGGAGUUCCCUACGUGCCAAAUGGCAUGAUUGCGCCUGGGAUGAUGGCUCCGGGUAUGGUGUUUGGUCCUGCCUAUGGCUACGCAUCGCCAGGCCCCAUCUCAACUAUGACAACAGCAGAUGGGCUUCGGGGUGCAUAUGCUUUCGGAGGAAUGCCGACGGCUGUGCAGGGAGCGGAUGAGGCGGCUGCGCUGGCGGAGAGGCUUAAUGAGCUGCAGCUUGGGGCUCGGGGCCGGGGCCCCGUCCACGGGCCGGGCGGCUUUACGCGCGGCGGAUUGGCGGGUCCCUCUGGCAUGCCCGGCCCCGGCCUGCAAAGUCAGUUCUACUACACGCCGGGGCCGCCGAUGCAGAUGCAGCCGCAGCAGCAGCAACAGCCGCAGCAGCAGCCGCAGCAGUUACAACAACAACAACAGCAUAUGGGGCGAGGGCGCCAGGGCCGGGGCGGCCGUGGCGGCAUGCCGCAGCAGCACAGCGGCCGGGGGCCGGGCCAGCAGGCGCAGAAGAAGAAGCGGCCACAGAAGGGCCUGGAGGAGAACAUCAGGCGGACCGUGUACAUCAGCUAUGUGGACUGCAGCCUGACGGAGGAAAACCUUGCGGCGUUCUUCUCCGACUGCGGGAGAAUCCUGGACUGCCGCAUCUGCGGCGACCCUAACAGCGCCAUGCGCUUCGCAUUCAUUGAGUUCAUGGACGUGGAGUGCGCGGCCAAGGCGCUGGAGAAGACGGGCAGCGUGCUGGGUAACUCGCCGCUGCGGGUGCUGCCCUCCAAGACCGCCAUCAUGCCUGUGAACCAGGAGCUCAUGCCGCGCAGUGCCGACGAGGUGGAGCGCUGCAGCCGCACCGUGUACGCGGCCAACAUCGACAAGAAGGUGGACAAGAACGACGUCAAGGCCUUCUUCGAGUCGCUCUGCGGCAAGGUGUCGCGCAUCCGGCUGCUGGGGGACUACGCCCACUCGACGCGCAUUGCGUUCGUGGAGUUCCACCACGCGGAGGGCGCCCUGGCCGCACUCAACUGCAGCGGCGCGCUACUCGGGUCUCUGCCCAUCCGCGUGUCGCCUUCCAAGACGCCUGUGCGGGUGGACGGCAGCAACAAGGACAGUGACGGCAUGUCCUCCUCGGCGCAGAGUGUGCAGUCCAUGCCCACCUCGCGGCCCUCCGGCGCAGGCAGCUUCGUUGCCGGCACGGCGCCGCCGCAGCAGGUGCCCGUGCCCGGUGCCACCGCCUCGUCGGAGUCCGCGGAGCUGGGCGCACACGAGGCGGAGGAGGAGGAGGACCUGGUGCAGGAGCAGGCGCAGCCGCCGGCGCAGCAGCAGGAGCGGGAGGCGUUGGAGGAGCAGCCGCCGGCGCAGCAGGAGUAGGCGCGCGCGGCAGGGCAAUGUAGUUGGCAGUUGCGGGAGGUGAGCAGCACCAGGAAGUUUUCGGCGUGCAGGCAGCCACGCCUGAGAGCGACUCCGCGCCCCGUCGUGCGGCAUUGCACGCGGGGCUGUCUCAUCACAUCCUUAUGAGGUGUCCCCACCGGCAGGGGUAGGAGUAGCGCACAUGCGUUUGAGGCCACCGUACGGAAGGAAAUACGUCAUUCUUUGCCCUCCGCACCGAAGUGGAGCAUUUUGGCUUCCGUUAUUUUGUUUGCUGGCCGCGCUGGGACACGGCAUCCCGCUUGCUUCGGUGGCUGGCUCUCUCUCUUGAGGCUGGCGGUGCAGUGCAGGUGCAUGCGGUGCAGUGGUCGAGUGUUAUCGGGCCUUGUCAGCCUGUGUGGGGCUUGAGCACGAGCCGCACGUGCGGCGGUCAGAUGACUGCUUGAGACGCAAAGGCGUGCUGUUGGGGCGAACAGGCGCGCAGUUGGUGUGCGGUGUGCACGGCGCGUGCUGAUGCCAUAGCGAUGUGCUGACGGUUGCGGAAGGUAUUGGUAUAAUGCGAAGGCAUUUGUCCCUUAAGUGUGUGUUUGUGUGCGUGAACAAAGCAAGUAUGCCGUAAAAAUAGCCACGGCGGGAUCGCCUAUGCCCGCAGCCGUUCACAUCACACAGACACCCUUGCACACAGGCGCAGGUACAGUCGCACGUGAAACACAAUUAACAGCUACCCGCACGUGCGUGUGCGCAGGUUCAGUGAUGUCGCCCGGGAAGCGGCCGCGACACGUGACACGGGGCGCAUCCCAUUCGCUUUGCUGUGUGAAGGUUUGGGUGGUGUGUGCAGCGAGCUGCAAAGGUGUUGAAGUAGCAAGGAGUUAAAAGGACUUCAAACGAUGCACGCAAAGACUGUACGUUUAGUUUUGACGCAGUUUGUGGUAAGGUAUCGCGACCAACGGAGCAAACCGGCGCCUGACCAGAAAUGGUUGUGCGGCUAUGGAGUGGGACCUGGGUAGCACUUGACGCAGGAUAUGCAGGAACGACGGUGUGGGGGACACGCAAAAGUGCAGGCGCAGGAGCUACGCGGUAUGUGUGACGGCCAUGAAUGCACCGCUGAUAAUGGUGUGAGGAGUGAACGGCGCUAUGGCACAGCAGCUUAUGGCAGGUUAGGGGUAGGGUAGAGCCAGGAGUGUCUCUGUCAAGUGCGAUGUGCGUGCAAUGUCUUGCCAUGCCGUGUAGCAAGGUAUAUUGGUGGGUGGUGAUGGCAGCGUGUGCUUUGGGAGCAGGCCACUGUUAGUCAUACACGCGGGUUCUGUGCAACACGAGCCCAUUUCUUCGGUCCUACGCCGGCCUGAGUGGUCGCGUGUUUGCGGCGUAACCCCAACACUUGAUUGUGUCGUGUGGGCGCGCUGUGUGGCGUUGAGCUGCGGAUGGCACAUCGUGGGCGUUCGGCGCUCUCGCGUGGCUGUGCGUAGGUCGGGGUCCCGUAGGCUUUAACUCUUUAAGGCUAUGGUUUGGCCAUCGGAUGGGUCCUGUGCAAUGCGUGUAACAUGUCUGGUCCCAAGAUUUCAAUACAACUAGCGUACGGUAUCGCACGCGGACGGGGAGUCGGGGUGAUGCCACUGGAGCUGCGCACCCGCAGCCAUUCGAGUGUCAGUGAAGGCUGCCAAGUCUCCGUAUUUGACACAAAUGUGCAUGGGAUUGGGUUCAAUAUGUAGCAAGCCCUACUUUGUAUCGACACAAAGGUGUGCGGGACUGUUGCUGCAUGCACCGAUGCACGUUGCUACAGUGCCCUCCACGGGUGCGACACGCCCCCACGGCAUUAGGGCCAUUCGUGGCUCUCGCCUACGCCGCGUCCCCACACGCCGAAGCAAUGUGCUGAGUUUGCGCCUAGAACAGACGGCCACUCAGGACGUUGUAAGAGGGCUAGCGC